AUGGAAUGUAACAGAGAUGAAGCUAUCCGGGCCAAAGGAAUUGCUGAGCAGAAAUUAAUGGAGAACGACAUAUCUGGAGCACACAAAUUCGCUUUGAAGGCUCAAAAGAUGUAUCCAGGUCUUGAUGGUCUUUCUCAGUUCAUGGAAGUGGUGAAUGUGUAUGUUGCUCAUGAGAAGAAAACUCGCGGUGAAGUGGAUCUUUACGGUGUCCUUGCUCUGGAUCCUUCAGCUGACGAUGAAGCAGUAAGGAAACAAUACAAAAAGCUUGCUCUAGCUCUUCACCCUGAUAAAAACAAAUCCGUUGGAGCAGAUGGGGCGUUCAAGAUUGUAUCUGAAGCAUGGAGUGUUCUGUAUGAUAGAUCAAAAAGAGCGAUGACUGAGAAAAAACGUGCAACGACAAACGAAGGUGUCAAAAAACCCACAACGACAUAUUCAAGAAAGAAGAAGAAAGGAGAAUCAAGCAGCCAUUGA